UUCUUUCAACUUCCAAAUUCCAGGCACAAAAUCUCUCUCUUUUUAACACAAAUCCUCAUCAUGUCAGAAAGACUUCCUAAAAUCGAAGUUCCCCGGGACUUGAGUAUUGCCCAGGAGGUGCGUCGCGAGAUUAAUCGCAAUUCCGCCGAGAUUAGUUUAAACUUUUGGCAGGAAUUUGAGAAAAUAAGGGCCACCCAACGUAAUCGCAUGGUUGGAGAAAGAAUUCGACGGGAAAGGAUCAACAAUUUGAUGCGUGAUGGACAAAAGGAGGCAACCAAGGAGGCAGAGGCCUUAAGUCGAUCGAUUAGUGCCCAGGGAAUGAUCACUUUACCCGAGGCUUCGGCAGCUGAUCCACCACCUUCGCCCCUGAUGAACGCCAUAGUUGAGGGGAUCAAGACUUUAACAACUCAGCCAAAAACUGGCACUAAGAUAUUAAAAAUUUCAAAGGAAGAGCUAAAGACAAAGUCGGAGGCUGACACUGAACCCGAGAAGUCACUAAAGGAUCCUUCAAAUAAACCAAGUACCUCAGCAGUGGGAAGGUUAUCCGUUAACACAGCUUCCUCCAAGAAGAGCACUCCAAACACCUCAAAAAUGCGUUUAAACAAAAAGACUAAGAAGUAAUUUAAAUUUCAUUGAGACAAGAAUAGAUUCUGUUCUG